UGACGGUUUUUGUUCGUCCCUCCGAUUUGACGGGAGCAUCUCUUCGUCGUUCGAUCCGCCGGUGUAAAAAGCGGCGGAAAUCGGAAGCUCGCUCACUGCUACUAGCAGGGGGCCAGCCGCAGAUAGGAUGGAAGGGAAAUUGGUGUUCGCCGUCAACGGGAAGCGCUUCGAGCUCGCCGAGGUCGAUCCUUCCAGUUCGUUGCUCGAGUUCUUGAGGACUCGGACUCGGUUCACGGGGCCCAAGCUUGGCUGCGGUGAAGGUGGAUGUGGAGCGUGUGUUGUACUUCUUUCAACUUAUGAUCCAGUUAGUGGUCAAGUGAAGGACUCAAGUGUCAGUUCAUGCCUUACUCUACUUUGCAGUUUACAUUUAUGUUCUGUUACUACCACCGAGGGGCUUGGAAAUAGUAGGGAUGGCUUCCAUCCAAUUCAUCAGAGAUUUACAGGAUUUCAUGCAUCCCAGUGUGGCUUUUGCACUCCAGGCAUGUGUAUGUCACUUUUCUCAGCUCUUACCAAUGCAGACAAGACUAAUAGGCCUGAGCCUCCAAAUGGGUUCUCAAAGAUCACAAAACUUGAGGCAGAGAAGGCUAUUGCCGGCAACCUUUGUCGGUGCACUGGUUAUCGACCCAUUGCAGAUGUCUGCAGGAGCUUUGCAGCUGAUGUUGAUUUGGAAGAUCUGGGUCUGAAUACAUUCUGGAAGAAAGGGGAAGAUGCAAUUGUCAGCAAGUUGCCUGGUCACAACCGAGGAAAAAUCUUCACUUUUCCUGACUUCUUAAAAUCUGUUGUCAAAACAUCUUUAGAUACUUUGAUGAAUGGUAAGAAUACAAACUUUCUGGAUUCUCAGUGGUACCGACCUACUAGCUUCGAGGGAUUGUAUCAACUCCUGAAUUCUAAUGCAUUCAUUGGGAGCCGUACAAAAUUGGUCGUCGGAAACACUGGAUCUGGUGUUUACAAAGAGAACAACCUAUAUGAUAAAUAUAUUGAUCUCAAAGGGAUACCAGAGCUCUCAGUGAUCAAAAGGGAUCACACAGGUAUUUCAUUUGGAGCAGCUGUAACAAUUUCCAGGGCUAUUGAAGUGCUAAAAGAAAAUGUUGAUAGUGUGCCUUCAGCUGAAAAAAUGGUCUUUGAUAAGAUUGCUGAUCAUUUGGAUAAGGUAGCAUCACCAUUUGUCAGAAAUAUGGCAAGUUUGGGAGGCAAUCUGAUCAUGGCACAAAAAUUUCAAUUUGCAUCAGAUGUUACUACUAUACUUCUAGCUGCUGGAUCAACUGUUUGUGUUAGGACGGCUUCAGAUAGGCGGAUUCUUUCUCUGGAAGAUUUUUUAGAGUGGCCUCCAUUAGAUGAGAAAACCAUACUCGUGAGCAUACUUAUUCCUUCGAUUUCCAUGGUGGAGUUAUCUUACGGAACUGACCAGCACAGUGUGUCUUCACAUAGAAGUAAAUCCAAUAUCAUAUUUGAAACAUACAGAGCAGCUCCACGCCCCCUAGGGAAUGCUGUUUCGUACUUGAAUUCUGCUUUUUUGGCUCAUGUUUUUUCCGAUAAGAUUACUGGGAAUACUGUUUUACUAUAUCUACAUUUGGCUUUUGGGGCUUAUGGAAGUGAACAUGCCAUCAGAGCUAGGAAAGUUGAGAAUUUUUUGGUGGGUAAAGUACUAGAAGUCUCAGUUUUACUGGAAGCUAUUAAAUUACUCAAAGAGACCAUCAUACCAAAGCAAGGCACUCCCCAUUCAAGCUAUAGAUCAAGUUUGGCAGUUGCUUUUCUGUUCAAAUUUCUUCAACCACUAUCUAAAGACUUGGCUGUGCCUGAGAACAAUUAUCAUAACAAUGCUUCUGGUGUUGCUGUAAUCACUGAACAUCCUAAUGAAAAUUUCAACAGGAAUUCCGAUUUAUCACAUCAUGAGGCAUCAAACUCUGAACUAUUUAACAGUUCCAGUGUUCUCUUGUCCUCAAAUCAGAUGAUUCAGUAUGGCAAGGAAUAUCAGCCGGUUGGUGUGCCUAUCGAAAAAGUUGGAGCUGAAAUUCAAACCUCUGGUGAAGCGAUAUAUGUGGAUGAUAUUCCUUCUCCAAAGGACUGUCUAUAUGGUGCAUUUGUAUACAGCACACAUCCUUUAGCUUGUAUAAAGGGUAUUAAGUUCAACCCUACGUUGGCAUCAGAGAAGAUCAUCACCUAUAUAAGUGUCAAUGAUAUUCCACCUGGUGGCAAAAAUGUUGGAUCUGGCACUAUGUUUGGCACUGAACCUUUAUUUGCUGACUCUCUGACUGAAUGUGCUGGUCAACCUCUUGGCCUUGUGGUUGCAGAAACACAGAGAUACGCCAAUAUGGCUGCUAAACAGGCAAAUGUGCAAUAUUCCACUGAAAAUUUAGAACCUCCAAUUCUAAGUGUUGAAGAUGCAGUCAGAAGAUCAAGUUUCUUUGAUAUCCCUCCAUUUUUAUAUCCUCAAAAUGUUGGAAACCUAUCUGGAGGAAUGGCAGAAGCUGAACACAAAAUUCUAUCAGCAGAGGUUAAACUUGGUUCACAAUACUAUUUUUACAUGGAAACACAAACAUCUCUUGCCGUGCCAGACGAAGAUAAUUGCAUUGUGGUUUAUAGUUCAACUCAAUGUCCUGAGACUGCACAGGGUUUGAUUGCUAAAUGUCUUGGAAUUCCUGAUCACAAUGUUCGUGUUAUAACUAGAAGAGUUGGAGGAGGUUUUGGUGGGAAAGCUGUACGGGCGAUUCCUGUUGCAACAGCAUGUGCUCUGGCUGCAUAUAAAUUACAGCGUCCUGUUAGGAUGUACCUUGAUCGCCAAACAGACAUGGUUAUAACUGGAGGACGACAUCCAAUGAAAAUAAAUUAUUCUGUUGGUUUCAAGUCCGACGGGAAGAUUACAGCUUUGCAUGUAGAUCUACUAAUUAAUGCAGGCAUAACAAAAGAUGUUAGCCCAUCUAUCCCAUAUAAUGUGGUAGGAGCUCUAAGGAAAUACAACUGGGGUGCUCUCUCAUUCGAUAUCAAAGUCUGUCGGACAAAUCUUCCAAGUAAAUCAGCUAUGAGGGCUCCAGGAGAAGCACAGGGAUCUUUUAUUUCUGAAACAGUUAUUGAACAUGUAGCAGCAUACCUCUCCAUGGAUGCCAAUCUUGUGAGAAAUAAGAAUUUGCAUACUUACGAAAGCAUUAAGAUGUUUUAUGGAAGCAGUGCUGGAGAAAACCCUGAAUAUACACUACCUGCUAUAGUUGAUGAAUUGAUUUCAUCAACAAGCUAUUUUGAUCGCCUUGAAAUGGUCCGGCACUUCAACUUUUGCAAUAAAUGGAGAAAACGUGGAAUUUCCUGGGUACCCAUUGUACACCAAGUUACACUAAGACCAACUCCAGGGAAAGUAUCGAUUCUAAAUGACAGUUCGAUUGUUGUUGAAGUUGGAGGAGUUGAGUUAGGACAGGGACUGUGGACAAAGGUGAAGCAGAUUACGGCAUUUGGACUUGGCCAACUCUUCGAAGGUGGAAGCCAAAAGCUUUUGGACAGGGUACGGAUUAUUCAAGCUGAUACUCUUAGUAUGGUUCAGGGAGGCUGGACUGCUGGGAGCACUACAUCUGAAUCAAGUUGUGAAGCUGUUCGUCUCUCAUGCAGUAUUCUAGCUGACAGACUGAAGUCUCUUAAGCAAAGUUUAGAAGAAAAAACCAGUUCCGUCUCAUGGGAGACACUAAUUUCCCAGGCAAAUAUGCAAGGUGUAAACCUGUCAGCAAGCACUUAUUGGGUUCCUGAUACUGAUUCUAUGCAAUAUCUAAAUUAUGGAGCUGCUAUAAGUGAGGUAGAGGUUGAUAUUGCUACAGGAUCCACUACGAUUAUCCGUUCUGAUCUGAUAUAUGACUGUGGACAGAGCUUGAAUCCAGCUGUGGAUAUGGGCCAGAUUGAAGGUGCCUUUGUUCAAGGAAUUGGUUUCUUUAUGUAUGAAGAAGUUGUGGAAAAUUCAGAUGGUUUGGUGGUCUCUGAUGGUACUUGGACAUACAAGAUCCCCACCAUCGACACAAUCCCGAAGCACUUCAAUGUUAAAUUGUUGAGCAGCCGGCAUCACCAAAAGCGCGUUCUCUCCUCCAAGGCUUCUGGAGAACCACCUUUGCUUUUAGCAGUUUCAGUUCAUUGUGCGACAAGAGAAGCUAUAAGAGCCACGAGAACUGAGUUCUCUACCGACGACACUAAAAGUUCUGCAUUGGCCUUUCAAUUUGAUGCUCCUGCCACCAUGCCUGUGGUGAAGGAGCUAUGUGGACUAAACAAUGUGGAGAAAUACUUGGAAACCUUCAUAACUACUCGGCAACCUCCCGAGGAUGCCUAACAAAUUCUAGUUACACUUCUUGAAACUAGUUUUCGGCAUUCAGAAUCUGAUAUACUACACCGAAAUUAUCGUGCUCCUUCACUUGGUAAAUUUGGUGCCAUGAUUGGAUAUUAUUUUGCAGAGCUGAGUUUACUCAUUAACCUAAAGAUGAUAGGAAGGAAAGGCAAACCAUAAAGGGUUUUGAAGAAGGAUUCAAGCAGCAAAACUUCAUAAUCUUCAAGAACUCUUAAUGAACAGUGUUGUUGUUUUUACACUUUUUCUUAUCCUUCCUUUUUUUUCACCAAUUUAAACAUCAAAACUACUAUUUGUAAUUUAAAUAAAUAAUUUGACUCUGUUCAACUAUUUCUACAUGUCUGUAAUUACUUGAUAUUAAUGCUAAAUAAUUCUAAGCCAUCAGAACAA